AUGGAACCAUUACGACUUAAACCCCGACAACCUGUGGAGGCCGACAUAGAAGAUUGGGAUGACGAUGACUUUGUUGUGGAAGGCGACGACUUGUCCUUUCGCAGUCCAUCCACAGCAACAAACAUCCCAUCACGUCCAUCAUCUUCGAGACGCCGCGAUUCUGGCUCUUCGCACUUCUCAUUCCGAUCUGAGGCUGAGGGGGAGGAAGAGAAGCAUGUUCAUAUUCCAGGCGACGACGAGAAGUCGACUCUUGACGCUAUCGCUGCUGCACAAAAUGCUGGCAUUCCCUUACCAACCAAUGUUCCAUCCUCUGCCCUUAUGGGCGGUACGAUCAAGCGCCUUGGUGGACGAAAGAUCCGAAAGGUCAUUCACGAUGAUUGGGAGAACGACUUAGAGAUCCCCGAAUCCUCUCAAGGCCUCAAAAUAAAGAGGCCAGAACAACCCAAAUCCCCCGAAACCUCGCGACAUGUCAGUUUUGGAUCAACUUCUACUCACACUAGUCCUAUCAAUUGGGGCAAUUCGCCUCCCACUUCACCUUUUGACAAGGAUAUUCGAAGAGAAUCUGGCCAAUCCAUUCAGUCUUUUCAGAGCAUGCAGUCUAUUCAAUCUGCUACAAGCAAUCUUUCGGCAGCUAUCAAUUUGGAUAGAUUCAAGGACGGUGACGAUGACGAUGAUUUCUUUGACGGUGGUGACACUAUCAGAGCCUCCAAGAGUCAUCAACUUCCGAAGCCUAUUUCAUUCAUCACACCUCCUACUCCUCAGAGGGAUGCCAAGCCCGCCAAUGUCGCCAGUACUGAUGAUGAUUUUGAGGCGGAUCUUGAGCUUCCGUCAGAUGGAAAACUGAAGCUCUCCAUGAGAAAGGAGAUCCCAAAGACACCUGCUAACCAGUCGGAUGAUCUGGAUUGGGGAGAAGGGAGCCUGGGCACUCGAUGGGGCGGAACUCGGCGAGACACACGUUCUGCUCGUAACUCUGCUGCUUCUGCGCUCAGCCCAAGUAUUUCGAGUUCGAUCACUGCUGAGAGCGAAGAUGAGACGUUCGAUGGAUUGAUCUUACCCGCUGGUCCUGUUAACUGGACCGAGAGGCUCCAGCAACGCCGAAAGAGUAAAUCUCCUAACCGAAUCUCCGAGGAACCCAUCGUGCCCCCCAAGAAAGCUCCAGCUGAAGCUGAUAAACCUGACUUUCUUGAUGGGCUUGAUAUUGGCGAAGGAGAUGUUUUUGACUCAAGCAAGCUCACUCUGCACAAGAAUGUUAAAGUCAAGGAGACGCGACCGGCUAGCCCGGCCCGUCCUAAAACGGCACUGUCUCUCACGUUCACAAACAAACCAGUCAAUUCAACUCGGAUACCCCGCCUGAAUCACCAUGAGCGAACUCACUCAACAUCGCUGGAGCCGGUCUCUGAGAGCGGUGGUCCUAUUCUCCAGCGUGCCCGCCGCUCACAUUCUAGAAUGGGUCACUCGGCUCAGUCAUCCAUCGCCAGUAUGCCAACCCCUACCACAACUUCACCAUCUCGUGGGAUGCCACCGCCACCACCACGCAGAAGGGAAGUUGGCACGCGAACCUCGACAAACUCGCUUCGCAAUGAACCUACAACAACUAGCGCUCAGCUUCUUAAGCAGAAACGCUCGAUGCCAGCGAUUCGAGCGUCGAACACCCCAGCUAGACAGCCGGCGUACCGCCAUGAUAGGCCGCCAUCAAGAUCGGAAAGCAACCGACCGUCAUCUGGAAUACGACCAAAGACGCCCACCGAACGACAGCGACAAGGUUCAAUGGAUAGCCCCGCAACUGUCCGCAAGUCUCACCUUCCGUUUCUGCCAGUUGGUGCUUCUCAAUCACAGUCGCAGCACGUUGCUACCAGGCGUAGUGGAUUCCGUCGUCAUGACUCUGACACUUCCAUCGGCUCUAUUGAUUUGCGUCCCGGUUCUCGCACAAUUUCGCGAUCCACAAUGCGAUCGCCUAGUCCCAACCAUCGUCACCGUGCGACUGCUGACACAUGGGAGCGUUUGAGCAAGCCAAAGAACAAGAAGAACUUUGGCGAUGGUCACGAGUUGGACGGGUUUGAUGAUCUGCCAACGUCCAGAGAAACGGAAACGAGGUACCUGAAACAGCCUACCAGCUCAGGACCGAAGGUUGCCAUGCGCAACAAACUCUACCAGAACGUUCUUCCAGACAGGAACUUGGUGAACUCCCCAUCGGUCCCUGCCCCUCGACCUUCCUUUACUCCUCAUUUUGCUCGUGACACCGCUGCAAGUAGAAUUGCACGAGAGACUGCACUGGCGCAACGAGUCCCUAGCAAUGGUCCGUUGACACCUUUGAACUCUCAGCGGACCACUCAACUUUCGUCGAGGAGUAAUUUGACUCCCACCAUUCCCCACCACUCAAACAUUCGAUCAAGGAAGCACAAGCGACCUCAGCAGACAAAGCCACAUUUAAUUUCGAACCUGAACAGUGGCAAAGAAUCAAAGAUGGUCAACGGAAUGUUUUACAACGCAGACACAUAUAGAUGGGAGGGCAACGAGAAUGCCCUCAACGUGUUUGAACCGCCAGUACAGACACCUACUCAAGUCGUCGCCUCAACCACCACGCGCGAGAAGGAUUCAUCGACACCUCGCCCAGCAUUGAUCACGAACAUCAGCGCUACCAAGGGUGUCCAGGUCGUCGGUGGCAUGGUGUUUGAUCCUCAAAACAUGUGUUGGCUCAAACUGGACAACCCAGCUAAACCAUCCUCCGAGACUAGCGAUACCAUGGAUGGUUUCGAUGCGCUCGACGAUGAGGAUGUUUUCAAAGAUAUUCCAGAUUUGGAAGAUAACACUGCUGAUGAGGAGGGCGCCCAAGGUCGUGGUAGCGACAUUAAAGACGAAUGGCUUGUCGGCGAAGAGUUCGACGUUGGUCCCGAGUUCAUCAGACGACAACGAGAAGAAGAGGACCGGUGGAGAAGAAAGUGCGAGAAAUGGAUCGGCCGAGGAUCCAGAGAUCGCGAAACUUGGCGGUGGACGAUACGCGAGCUUGUCUCACAGUUCGACGAUUUGGCGAUGUGA